GAACAUGGACGAAAAUCAGUGGGAAGAGUGAGUUGCGUCAAUUCUACGGGAGAUCAGAUUCUCAUCGAUGACUACGUGAUUACUUGUGAAGGCGAUGUUGUCGACGAUUAUCUCACCCAAUACAGUGGAAUAAUGGAAGAUGAUCUUGAUCCCAGCAAGUCGACGAAGCAUCUUACAACGUUGAAACGCGUCUACAUGAAGGUAUUACACCUGAUCGAAAGAGGUUGCAUUUUCGUCGGACACGCGCUGGUUAACGACUUUUCUACGUUGAACAUACAU